UUCUCUUUUUCUCUCUCUCUCUCUUUGUUUCUAUCUCUUUCUUUUCUCUGAGGAGAGAGAGAGAGAGAAAGAUUCAUGAGCUAAAAAAAUAUAAACUCCAGCACGAAGAAAAUUCGACACAGAUAAAAAACAAAUCCAAAUUUCACUUUCCCGAGAAAAUUUCAUACAGAAGGAAAAAUCUAGGGUUCCCAAUCAUAAAUUCUCCCUUCAAUUUUCCUUCCCACCAAACACCAUUCAUUCAUUCCCUUUCCCGCUCCUGCUCCUGUUCCUGCAUUCUUUCAUUCCAAGAAAAUCUUGAAUUCUCCGUUUUCAAGGGUUUCUGCAUCGCUACCAGCUCGUGCUUCAUCUUCUUUUUUUUCCUUUUUCUUUUUGAUUUUUGUUUGUUCUUAAUUUUAUCUGGCGCUGCUGAAUUUUGCGGGAGAAUUCACCUUCGUUUUCCGCUCCCUGCGACCUUCGCCGCCGGCGAAUCCUUCAAGGUGUUUUGGCUAAUUGUUUGAUCUGCUGGUGAAGGUGCUUGGAGGGGCGGGGAAUAGAAUGGUUGAUAUAGUGGUUAUUGGUUGGAAGAAAGCGAGGACAUUAUAUUUUCAAAUGUCGGAUUUGUAAGAUCUUUUGUUGCGUGAUUGUUCAUGUAAGGAAAGCAUUGGUGAUUUUAGAUUGUUGAAGGGUUUGAAUACAUUUUUGGAUCUAUGGAUUUGGAGGUAGUUCCUUCUUCCAGGGAUUUGUUGAAAUGUUGCGACUGCGGGUGUAGGUGUUCCUUCCAAACUCAAUCCUCAGGGACUUGGAUGCGUUCUGUUAAACGAAAGCAUGAUGAGUUUGAAAUGGAGAGCCAAUUGCAUAUGCCUGCGAUUGCGCGGGUCGACAUGGAGAACGAAUGUAUGGUCUUGCGCGAGAUGGUCAGUGCGCAGCAAAAAUCCAUCCAAGAUUUGAAUGGUGAAUUGGAGGAAGAGAGAAAUUCUUCAUCUACAGCUGCGAAUGAGGCCAUGUCGAUGAUCUUGAGGUUGCAGAGGGAAAAAGCAGAGAUUCAAAUGGAAGCACGUCAAUUCAAGCGAUUUGCAGAGGAGAAGAUGACACACGAUCAGGAGGAGUUCUUAUCUUUGGAGGAUUUGUUGUACAAGAGAGAACAGAUAAUCCAGUCACUUACAUGUGAAGUUCAAGCUUACAAGCACAGGAUGAUGAGUUUUGGGUACACUGAAGAUGAGGUGGAGGGUGAUCAAUGUGAAUUUCCUCCCUAUGAAUACCCUCCUUUGAAAUGUAACGUGAUGUAUAAUGCCGUAGAUGCUGAUAAUGAUGACACAGAUGUUGAGAAAUAUGUAUUUGGUGAAACUCCGACUGACCGUUUGAGGAACUUGGAAAAUAGGAUUUCCCAAAUGGAGAGAACCCCCAAUUAUAGCCAGGUGGAUGGGGAAUUUACAGGAAAAAAUGUUCUAGAUAAGGUAAUUGUUGGACAGUCUCCGAGGUGGCCAAAACAUUCUAGAAAAGUUUCUUGUGAUUCAACAUCAUUUGGUGGGAUGGGGAGAGAAACAGGUCCAGAGUUUCCGACGGACUCUCCCAAGCUCGAUAGAAACAGCCGUAAGGAAUUUUUUUCACAAUCAGAGGAGGACCAUUCCAAUUUGAAGAAGGCAGAUAAUGGUUCAGAAGGUGAUGAUACGAGUGACAGAAUUUAUACAAUUGACUCUAUUCAUUCUGGGGCACCAUAUAAUGGAUUUACAGAUUCCAGAGCUGGAGCUGGUGCUUUCGAAGAUUGUGCAACCACUCCAAUGGAAUCAGGGAAUCUUGCUGAUUUUGAGGAUCCCUACGUAAAGAAGCUUUACAUGAGGCUUCAGGCACUUGAGGCUGAUAGGGAAUCAAUGAGGCAGGCACUCAUUUCAAUGCGCACAGAUAAAGCACAGCUUGUGUUGCUAAAGGAAAUAGCCCAACAUUUGUGCAAAGAUAUGUCACUGGAAAGAAAAGUGACUGCAAGGAAGCCAUAUACUGGUGGCAGGUCUUCAUUCUUGUCAAUUUUUAAGUGGGUCGCAUCAUUUGUUUUCUGGAGAAAGAAAGCACAGCAAAGCAAGUAUAUGUUCGGGCUACCUGCUGACAGUGUGGGUUUGCUGCUGCUCCUGGACAAAGGAACACGCACAAGGCCAUGGAGAUGUAUUUCUAAUACACAAUUGGGAGAUUAGUUCUCCAAUCUCGGUGUCAAAUGUGGGAGCACCUACUAAAUUUUAGUAACACUACUACGAUAAGAUUUUUUGGUCCUUUUCCCCUGGAUCUUUCUCGCUGAAAAAGUGGUGUAUUGUGCAGUGUUCUUUUAUUUGUUGUAUGAAAUUGAAUAUAAUUUGUUGGUCAAUUCGUGAGACCUGGAUUUGACAAUGACAUAUGAGCAUUCUUACUCGUCUGUGGAUUGUUGGGGUUGAGUUUGAGGUACUUCUGUGGACAACCCUGUCUUGUACAUAACAUAUAGCUGUAAGUUUUCUCACUCUUCAUGCAAUGCAGCUUUUUGUGCUGAGUGAUGCACAUUCAGAUGUACAGUGACUUCAAAACCUCAACAUCCAAAUCUUAAGUGCUGAAGGGAUGAUCUUGCAUUUAAUAUUAUUCUUUUAUGUUUAUCAGAUA